AUGAUAUGUUAUGACAGUACAGAAUCAAGCUCAGAAUUUGAAACAAAUUAUAAUGAACCAUUUGAAUAUGGCCAUAACCUACAAACGUGGUUGCCACCUAAUCCAUUGACAAAAAAUUGUAUUAAAGGCUAUGUUACAUAUGUUGACUUUCAAUGUCAAAUUUACUUUUACGACUUGGAAAGUGAUGCUCCUCAAACAUUAGCAUAUUUUGAAAAUGAAUUUGAAGAAAUAUUUGGUAAAAGUGAACCAGAGCCUUUACAUAUUCAGUGGGUUGAAGGGCAAAUGGUAAUUGCUAGAUAUCAUUUGGACAAAAAAUGGUACCGUGGAACAAUUUUAAGUAAAGAAGAAAAUGAAGAAUAUGUUGUACAAUUUUUAGAUCAUGGUAAUGUUGAAACUUGUGUUCAUGAUGAUCUCCGAGCUGCUGUACAUAUGACUGAUAUUUCAAAACUAUGCUACAAAGGAUACUUUUUCCCUAUUGUUCCUAUGACGGAAAAUAAGUUAUGGACAGUACCUGUUCUUGAUUUUAUUCAUGCCCAAAUUGUGGAAAAAGAAUGUAAGAUAACUAUCAAUUUAGAGGCAUCUACUAAUGAUAACUAUGCAAUAUCAAGAUUUGGUACAAAUGAAAUACCUGACUUUUUCCAAUAUUUAGUAUCAAUUAAAAAAGCUAUAUUCCAUAAUGCUAAUAUAUCUACUAUAUGUUCCCAAGAUAUUGUAACAGAGAAUUAUGAAAGUACAGUUUCUGAUGAGUCAUCCUCAGAAAGUAAUAAUUUAUAUAAUGGAUAUAACUGUAAUGAAUAUGAAGAGUAUUGUUCAAAUGAAGAAACUGAAUCUAAGAAAUCUGUUAAAAAGUGCAAAGAAAAAUCUAACUUUAUGGAGUUUGAUUUAUUGGGAAUUACUGCUGAAGGAAUAAUAUCCAGUAUUAUAGAUCCUACUAAAAUUAAGAUAAUUAUUAACAAAGUAGAUGAUGUUGAUAUUUCAUUAGCUAAAAAUGAUAUGCAUACGCAAAUGCAAUCAAUUUGUAAUAAUUUAGACUUGCCUGAUAGUAUUUUGCCAGGAUCGCCUGUGUGUGUCUUUUACAAAAGCUUAUGGAGAAGAGGUGUAAUAAUAAAAAAUGAACCAUCCAUUUUAAUAGAUUUAGUUGAUUUAGGUAUAGCAACUACUGCAUUACCAAAACAUGUGAAACUAUGUCCUUUAAAAUUUUUGGAGUUACCAAUGUACUCUCUAAAAUGCCAGUUGGCAAAUGUUAAGUACAACAAAAAAUCUAACUCAGCAAAAGUCACACAAAAAUUAAUGCAGCUAUUAAUUGAAAAAACUAAUUUAAAAAUAUCAGUUAGAGGUAAACAAGAAGAAUUUUUUUUAACUGAACUUUUUGACAACAAAGGACAACUUGUUUAUCAAAAUUUAAUUGACUCCAAUCAUUUGAUUUUAAAUUAUCAAUGACAUUUAUGUAUAUCAAUUAGACCUGAAAUGAAGAAGUUAUAUAUAUUAAUUAAGACAUUUUUUUUUUUUUUUG